AUGCUACCCACGCCGGCCAUCACCAACGGCGGCGCCAUCACCAGCGCCACUGGGGCCUUGCUCACCCUGUCCGGCAGCAUGACUACCACGACUCCCCAGCCCGGUCACGACGUGCACCAUCACCAUCACCACCAUCACCAUCACUACCACCAGGGGGAGAGGCCGCACCCCGCCAUCUUAGGUCUGGUCUUCGGCGUGUUGGUCGGCUUCAUCGCCUUCGCUACAACCUUUCAGAUGGUCAGGUGCGCAUGCAUGGUGCGGGAGUGGCGGCGGCAGCGUCGCAUGGUGGCCUGCGGCGUGUCUGAAGAGUCGGGAAGUCGCCCUGGGGGUGGUAGGCGGGGUGGAACGCUUCCGAUGAAUAAUUACUGGUCACGGUGA